AUAUAAACAAAUCAACGAUUGUUUAACAACUGCCUGGAGUUUUUAAUCACAUACAGUUGGUCAAAUUUAUCAAUUUAGUGGUUUUUUUUUCUGUUUAUUUGAUUCUUUUCUAUUUUAACCAAGAAAAAUAAUUAUGUCUGGUGGUUUUCAACGGGUUAAAAGCGACAAUGAUGCGGAAUCCGGAGACGACUCAACAACUUUUGUUCCAUCAAAAUUUAAUUUCAUUCCAAAAAAAGAUAUGUUUGCGACUGUUUUAAAAGAGCGGCUCGAUGCUCUACCACAAUCUGUUAAAAAACGUAUUAAGGCAUUGAAGAAAAUUCAGUUUGAAACAACGAAAAUUGAAUCAAAAUUUCAUGAAGAACUUUACGCCUUAGAACUAAAAUAUCAUAAAUUGCAUAAUGAUUUUUACGAAAAGCGUGAAUCUAUCGUGAAUGGAAAAUAUGAACCGACAGAAGAAGAAUGCGAAUGGACCCUUGAUGAUGACUUAGAUAAGGAGCUAGAUACUAAAUUAAAAAUUGAAGAUAUUACAGAUAAAAAAGAUAUUAAUGAAGAUGAAAAACUGGAUGAUAAUGUCAAAGGCAUACCUGAUUUUUGGCUUCAUAUAUUUAAAAAUGUUGGAGUAUUAGCUGAGCUACUUCAAGAAUGUGAUGAACCAAUUAUUAAACAUUUACAAGACAUCAAAGUCAAAUAUUUAGACGAUCAAAUGGGUUUUGUUUUGGAAUUCCAUUUUGCGCCCAACGAUUAUUUCCGUAAUACUAUUUUAACUAAAACAUAUUUGAUGAAAUGUACACCAGAUGAAGAUGAUCCAUUCAAUUUUGAUGGUGCUGAAAUUUAUAAAUGUAGUGGUUGUACAAUUGAUUGGAAAAAAGAUAAAAAUGUAACACAAAAGAAAAUAAUUAAAGUCCAAAAACAUAAAUCUAGUGGACUAACACGUUCCGUCACAAAAACGAUACAAAACGAAUCAUUUUUCAAUUUCUUCAGUCCACCAAUUGUUCCCGAUGAAACACCAGCAACACUUGUAGACGAUGAUAUUAAAGCAACUCUUGUUUGUGAUUUUCAAACGGGUCAUUAUAUACGUGAACAUAUAGUUCCACGUGCUGUUCUCUAUUAUACUGGUGAAAUUGAUGACGACGAGGAUGAUGAUUACGAUGAGGAUGAUGAAGAGGAAGAGGAUGAAGAUGACGACGAUGAUGAUGAUGAUGAAACUGAAAAACCAUUCCGACCACGCAUUAAAGGUGGUAAUAAGGCGGCAGCUGCCACACCAGCUGAAUGUAAACAACAAUAAGCACACGAUUCAUUGAUAUUUUAUAUUAUAGUUAAUAAUAAUUCUCCCCCCUGUAUUUUUUACAGGAAUUGUAUAAUUCCUGUUAAAUAUAUUAUGUUUUAAACGAA